AUGAGUGCAACAAGGAAGAGCAAAAAACAAGUGUGUCGUAAUAUCACAAAACCCAUUACAGUUUUAGACCCUUGGAAUAACGGGCUGAUUGUGAGGACUGACCUUAAUACAAAGGAUGGGAUAUGGUUCAGAAAAUUUCUCGAGCGCCCCGAAAACCAGCCUCAUCGUAUAGAUGCUUGGCAUUUGAGGAAGACGUGCGCAAUUUUAAUACCUGUGGCUGUCGAGAAGGAUGCUAGGAGUGAUAUUCCUGAAAUUAACAGGAAGAAAUACCACGUCCCUGGUAAUAUGACCCUUGGAGAAUUCAUCUUAUUCAUUAGGGUCAGUAUCAGGAUAAGCAAGAAAAAGCCGAUAUUUGUCUCUUUCAAGAACACUAAACCUCCUGUUGGUGCUUUGUUUUAUGAAAUCGAUGAGGAAAAUAAGGGUGAAGAUGGAUUUCUUCACAUUACCUACAGUGGUGAAGAGAAUGCUUGUGGAUCAAAUCAAGAGCAAGAACACGGGGAUGAAAUCUCAAUCGAGAAGGAAGCCGCAAACAAUCCACAUGCAACACCAACAGGAAUUCCACUGAAGCAGAACAUAAUUCUCGUGAAAUCUGCAUGCAAGGAGGAUUGAUAGUAUUCCCGACAACAAUUCCAUUGAACCUGCCAUGGGUGCCUGGUUAUCUGCAAUCAAUGAGAGAAAUAAGGAUAAGUCGUAUUUCUUCACAUCAGUCGGAAAGGAGGAGAAUGUUUGUGAAUCAUCCAAGGAAGAGCGAGAAUGCAUCAAGUUGAAGUACUUAGUUUUAUGAAAUGCAUUGGGACUGUAAUAUCUGUGUGUGAUAAUGUUAUCAGUUAGAAAUGAGUUGGGGGCUCUAUUACAUCUGUAUCCCUUGAAACUCAA